AUGCAAACUUUGCUGGCGUGGAAGCCUCCCCUUGUUUCUACCAUGAAAUUGAAUAUUGAUGGGUCUAGAAUUGGUUCUAAUGGUUCUAUUGCUGCUAGGGGCCUUAUUCGUAAUUCUGUUGGUGAGUGGGUAGCAGAUUUUUCUGCUAAUUUGGGUCAUGGAGAGAUUUUGGUGGCUGAACUGUGGGCGUUGUAUCAUGGUCUUAAGCUAACUCAAAGGUUGCAAUUGACAAAGCUUAUUGUUGAAACUAAUUCUACUCUUGUCUUGCACCUUUUGAAUGCCAAGUUGGAGCCGAAUCACCCCCUUCUUACUUUGCUUAACAUGUGCAGAGAGGUUAAUUUUGCUGCUGAUUCUCUGGCCAAGAUGGGGCAUGAGAUGGAAAUGAGUAUUCAUUGCUUUUUUUUGCCUCCUAGUGGUACUACUGGUGUCCUCCAAGAAGACAUGGAUAGCCUUUUAAGGGCUAGAUUUAUUUAUAUUUAG